AUGACUGAACUUCUUCGAAAAGCAGGGAUGAACGCAUGCAAGCCGCUCGCUACACCCAUUGCUACAAACACUCAACUUGACCCAGGUGAGUCAGACGCACUUGACGAUCCGAAACCAUAUCGACAGCUAGUUGGGUCGUUGAUGUACUUGUUAAUCACACGUCCGGACUUAGCUUUUGCCGUAAACAGAUUGUGUCAAUUCAUGCAAGCCCCGACGCAUGCUCACUGGGCGGCUCUCAAACGAGUCCUGAGAUACGUUAAAGGUACGAUAGAUCUUGGGCUUCGCAUUGCUCCCUCUACUACUCCGGUGCUGCACGGCUUCUCCGACUCGGACUGGGCUGGUUGCACCAUCGACAGGAGGUCAACAGGUGGCUACGCAGUUUUUUUGGGCCCCAAUUUGCUCUCUUGGGUCUCCAAGAAACAACAGACGGUAGCACGGUCUUCAACCGAGGCUGAGUAUAAAGCUCUCGCCGACGUCGCUGCCGAGGUCACAUGGGUUCAGUCACUUCUGCAUGAGCUCGGGUUACUGCCAACAACCGUCCCGGUGCUGUGGUGUGAUAACCUGGGGGCCACCUACUUGUGUUCUAAUCCGGUGUUCCACGCCAGGACAAAGCAUGUCGAGGUGGACUACCAUUUCGUACGAGACAAGGUUGUGUCUGGAGCUCUCAAGGUCAAUUUUGUCACAACUCACGAUCAGUUAGCUGAUGUGUUUACAAAACCGCUCUCCGCUGCUCGUUUCAAUGAUCUUCGUUACAAGCUUGGCGUCGUUCCUUGCCCCCCGCCAGCUUGA